GUCAUCCAUGUGAAUUUGACCAACGGUCUCUCGUUACAUUUUAUAACAAAACCGAGUAACCUCAAAAGGGAAUUCAUAAAUCUAUUUAUAGUAUUUAAAAACAUCAACUAUUUAAAAACGUCCUGUUGUCGAUUUAAACAGACACAAAACAAAGACUUUGCACGGAGAGAACGGAAUUAAGUUUGGAAAGGUUUUACAGCUUUAUCGAUGCUGAUAAAGACUUACUCGAGGAAAUCUAUCUUUUCUUGGGACUACAAGGUUGAGAAAUGCCCCUGUAGGAGAAUUUGGAAUGCGGAGGACAUGAAAAAAUUGGUCCAGAUUGGACUGGUAGGGCCAGCAUCUCAUAUAAGGGUUCACAGACCCCGGACGCUACAUUUUUUGUGGUGGAAAUUUGACUACAGCUACAACCACCACUACAUGGUGGUGUCUGCUACCACGGAAUCACUGACAAUCAUACACUACGCUCCCAAGAAGAUUUCUAGAAUUCUUUUAUUUCAGGGUGUGGCUGAAAUCAAAGAGGAGACGGUGAAAAUUGAAAACAACACCGACACGUUGGAUUUUAAAUCUGGAGUUUAUCUUAUCAUGAAGGACAAGUACCCCAAAACCCUCAGACAAAGGAGUUACUGUGUAAAGAAGGCCAGGCGUAGACUGGGGGAGAGGCAAUACUCUGUGUUCCACAAUAACUGUGACAGUUUCGUGUCGUGGACUCUCCGGGGCAAGUCAAUCUCUAUCCAGGCCAUGGAGGCCACGGGACUUCUAUUGUUUAUCGGCCUACUGGCCAGGACUUCUAUCAGGAUCUAUCGGCUUUUUAAGUCUGUUAUAGACGGGGUAAAUGACUUUAUAGAUUCUUAUGGAUAACAUCAAUGUAACAAUUUAUGAUAUUUAUUUUUCUAUGUAUUGUAUUUUUAACUGAUUUUGCUUUUAUUAAAUUAAUUUAUUUGAUUGAUGCAUUAUGUUUAAUGCCCGUUCUAACGUGUAUUAAAUUAAGGCACAUUUCAGUGCACAAAUGUUUAUUAACACAGAUGUAUUAAGUUGCACUUUAAAUGGGUGUAAACAUCAAGAAUAAAGUCUCAAAAUUUUGUAA